AUGAAUGGUGCCACCCCCGGCUCGGCCGCCGCCCCCGCCCCAGUCCCCGACUGGCGGCAGUUCUGCGAGCUACACGCACAAGUGGCUGCUGUGGACUUCGCUCACAAGUUCUGCCGCUUCCUUCGUGACAACCCGACCUACGACACGCCUGACGCAGGGGCCUCCUUCUCCCGCCACUUUGCAGCCAAUUUCUUGGCAGUCUUCAGCGAGGAGGUGCGCCGUGUGCUGGGGACAGCAGCGGAUACCAUGGAGCCCGAGCCUGCCGUGACCUCCGUGACAUCGGCACUGAAGGCUGCAGCCUAUGGCCACUCCCGCAGCUCCGAGGACGUGUCUGCCCACGCUACCACCAAGGCUCGUGUCCGCAAAGGCUUCUCACUAAGAAAUAUGAGCCUGUGCGUGGUGGACGGAGUGCGCGACCUGUGGCACCGGCGAGCGUCCCCGGAGCCCGAUGCUGGGGCCACCCCCAAGGCCGCCGAGCCUGCAUCUGAGCCUCGCGACAAGUGGACACGACGCCUGAGGCUAGCACGGACCAUGGCAGCCAAGGUGGAGUUAGUGGACAUCCAGCGUGAGGGCGCACUGCGCUUCAUGGUGGCAGAUGAUGCAGCCUCGGGCCCUGGAGGCACCGCACAAUGGCAAAAGUGUCGCCUGCUUCUGAGAAGGGCUGUGGCUGGGGAGCGCUUCCGCCUGGAGUUCUUCGUGCCACCCAAGGCUUCCAGACCCAAGGUCAGCAUCCCCCUGUCGGCCAUCAUUGAGGUCCGGACCACCAUGCCCCUGGAAAUGCCUGAGAAGGACAACACAUUCGUGCUCAAGGUGGAGAAUGGAGCAGAGUACAUUCUUGAGACCAUAGACUCACUGCAGAAGCACUCAUGGGUGGCGGACAUCCAGGGCUGCGUGGAUCCCGGGGAUAGUGAGGAAGACACAGGGCUCUCCUGUGCUCGGGGAGGCUGUCUGGCCAGCCGGGUGACUUCCUGCAGCUGUGAGUUCCUGGCCGAAGCGGACACGUCCCGGCCCCCAGAGACGACGACAGCGGUGGGUGCUGUGGUGACAGCUCCACACAGCAGAGCUCGUGAUGCCGUGGGAGAGUCCCUGGCCCACGUCCCUCUGGAGACUUUCCUUCAAACCCUGGAGUCUUCGGGUGGUGCUGUCAGUGAGAGCAGCAACACAGGGGACGAAGGAGCUGAGCUGGACACUGACGCCGAGACCGAGCUGGAACUCUCCGACUACCCCUGGUUCCACGGAACACUGUCCCGAGUGAAGGCCGCUCAGCUGGUGCUGGCCGGUGGGCCCCGGAGCCACGGCCUCUUUGUGAUCCGCCAAAGCGAGACUCGGCCUGGGGAGUGUGUGCUGACCUUCAACUUCCAGGGCAAGGCCAAGCAUCUUCGUCUGUCUCUGAACGGUCACGGCCAGUGCCACGUCCAGCAUCUGUGGUUCCAGUCUGUGUUUGAUAUGCUUCGACACUUCCACACCCACCCCAUCCCCCUGGAGUCGGGGGGAUCCGCAGAUAUCACCCUCAGAAGCUAUGUGCGCGCCCAGGGCCCGCCUCCUGAUCCAGGACCAGCGCCUAGCGCUGCGGCCCCGGUACCUGCCUGCUGGGCCGAGCCAGCUAGCCAACACUACUUCUCUAGCCUGGCCUCGGCCGCCUGCCCUCCCACCUCACCUUCCAAUGGCGCUGGAGCAUCGUCGUCAUCUGGCUCGUCAUCCUCGGCCACAUCUAUGCCUCCGCGCCUGGCCGAGGGGCCACUCAGUGCACGCAGCCGCAGCAACAGCGCAGAACACCUGCUGGAGGCUGCGUCCGGAGCCACAGAAGAGCCCACGGAGGCCACACUGGGCCGUGCUCGCGCAGUGGAGAACCAAUACUCCUUUUACUAGCUGCCACGCCCAUUACCCACGGGUGCCACGCACAUCACAGCCGGCUAAGAACACCUGGGAUCUGUCCCGCCCACCAGCAGCCUGGUCAGCCCACGAUGGUCAACAACACCUAACAAUGGCUGGGGACGACUAUCCAUGGUCUAUCAAGCCCAGGACAGCUGGCUGGCUAGCCACAUCUAGCGUCUUCAGCCCCCAAGGGCCCACUAAGACCAUCUACGGCAGGCCAAGGGCUAAGCAUGGUCGAGCAAACCCAUGACUUCAAGCCCCUCCCACUGGUGGUUGGCCAUGCCCAUCACAGCUAUCUAUGGCUAUAAGGCGGAUCAAAUCCACGGCAGGCAACUCACUGACAACAAACCGCAUUUGGUGACUUCAGGCCCCGCCCACUGAUGGUCGGCCACUCCCACAGCGGCAGCCAUUGACAGCCCGCCUUGCCCAUGAAGGCUACCCACUGGUUCCUAACAGCCUCAGGCCCAGUCUACCUGUGUUGGGCCUCUUGCACCAACAGCCUGACUGGUCUGAGAUGGUCAAUCGUU